GCGGGAAGCAGUGACGUCACGCCGUACCGAAGUUUUCGGCCGGCUGUUGCAGGAUGUGGAGUCUGAGGGUGACAGUGCGGUGGGCACCGACGGCGUCGAGGGUCUUGUGCGCACGUCUGUGGUACCCUCCAUCCUGUUGUCCUUUGGUCAGUAAUGGUCGUCUCUUUGCCUCGCAGGCCACCCAGGCUGUCCUGGAGAAAUCAGCCACUGCUUCUACAGCAACCACUUCUACGAUGGACAGGAGGAUGGUAGCCAUGGAAUCCAAGUCAUUCGCUGUGAACAUGUUCCGAGGUUUGAUCCAAACGGAGCAAGUUUUCCCCUUCCCCUCAGUUCUCAGUGAUGAACAGGCUCAGUUUCUCCAAGAACUGACGGGGCCAGUAAGCAAGUUUUUUGAGGAGGUCAACAACCCAGCAGCUAAUGACUCCCUGGAGAUGGUGGAGGACAGUACGAUGCAAGGCCUGAAGGAGAUGGGGGCUUUCGGUCUCCAGGUGCCCUCUGAGCUCGGGGGACUCGGACUUACCAACACACAGUAUGCUCGGCUGGUUGAGAUUGUUGGCAUGCAUGACCUGGGUGUGGGUAUCACUCUGGGUGCUCACCAAUCCAUCGGCUUCAAGGGAAUCCUCUUGUUUGGAAACAAUGCCCAGAAGAAGAAAUACCUUCCAAAGCUGGCUACAGGUGAAACUAUUGCUGCCUUCUGUCUUACGGAACCAGCGAGUGGUUCAGACGCAGCGUCUAUCAAGACCACCGCUAUCAAAAGUGAUUGUGGAAAGUACUACACCCUGAAUGGGGGCAAAAUCUGGAUCAGUAAUGGUGGGCUGGCCGAUAUCUUCACCGUCUUCGCAAAGGUGCCCAUGCAAGAUGAGAGGAGCGGCGAAGUGAAGGACAGAAUCACGACGUUUAUCGUGGAGCGGGGUUUUGGCGGCGUGACCAGUGGCCCUCCAGAGAAGAAGAUGGGGAUUAAAGCUUCAAACACGGCAGAGGUCCACUUUGACAAUGUGAAGGUGCCCGUUGAGAAUGUCCUGGGUGAGGUUGGUGGUGGGUUCAAGGUGGCCAUGAACAUCUUGAACAAUGGGCGAUUUGGCAUGGCAGCUGCCCUCUCUGGAACGAUGAAAGGAGUCAUUAGCCAGGCUGUUGACCAUGCUGCAAACCGCACCCAGUUUGGGAACAAGAUCUACAACUUUGGUGCCAUCCAGGAGAAGGUUGCCCACAUGGCAAUGCUGCAGUACGUGACGGAGUCCAUGGCCUACAUGAUCAGUGCAAACAUGGAUUCCGGAGCCACAGAAUUCCAGAUAGAAGCGGCCAUCAGCAAGAUCUUUGCCUCUGAAGCUGCCUGGACAGUUGCAGAUGAGUGCAUCCAACUGAUGGGUGGAAUGGGCUUCAUGAAGGAUGCUGGGGUCGAGCGAGUAAUGAGAGAUCUCCGAAUCUUCCGUAUUUUUGAGGGGACAAAUGAUAUUCUUCGCCUCUUUGUUGCGCUGAAUGGUAUUCAGAAUGCUGGAAACUACCUGAAGGGGCUGCAGCAGGCACUGAAGAAUCCUGUGGGGAACGCCACCCUGCUGAUGAGCGAAAUCAGCAAGCGGGCACGAAGGAAAGUCGGACUGAGCACCGGCGUCAACCUGAAUAAUGUUGUACAUCCAGAGUUACAGGAGAGUGGUGAUCUGCUGGUGAAAGCAAUCGAAAGGUUUGGUGGCUGCACAGAAGAUUUGCUGUUGAAAUACGGGAAGAAAAUUGUAGAUGAGCAGUUUUUGCUGAAGAGGGUGGCAGAUAGCGCUAUCGACCUAUAUGCCAUGAUUGUUGUACUGUCAAGGGCUUCCCGAUCCCUAAGCCAGGCACAUGGGGCUGCCCAACAUGAGAAGCUGCUCUGUGAUACAUGGUGCAUUGAGGCUUCGGCUCGUAUCUCAGAAAAUCUGACCGCCCUCAGCUCCAGCUCUGCGAAGCAGGUCUUCAGGAACAUGAAGGCCAUCUCUGCAUCAGUGGUGGGCAACGGGGGCACUAUCACCCCUCACCCACUGGGCUUUUAAGGAAUGAACCUCAUCAGUUCAUUGCAACAGCCAAGAGCCCUCGACCAGGUCUUGGUUCGUAAGGGUUUAAUCACAGACCUCAUUUCCUGCUGCAGAUGGCACCUCUCACUGAGAUUCUUCAGCUGUGAUUUCUGCAAAGGGUUAAUUGUUGUUAAUCUACCUGAAUCAAGUUUUCAUGGCAUCAGUGCCAUCACAGGGGUUGCAAUCAUACAUCUGUUCGCCAUUACAUUACUUUUUACAGUGUGGGAUAGUAUGGAGAGAGCUUCACCUCUAUGUCUGACCCCGGGAAUGUGUGAUAAGAUGACAAGCGGGGUUCACUCUGUGUCUGACUCCGAGAGAGUGUGAUGGGACUGUGUGGAGGGAGCUUCACUCUGUGUCUGAUCCCUGGAGUGUGUGAUGGGAUGAUGUGACUGGCCCAUGUUUUCCCAGCCCUUGAGGGUUUGACACUGCUGUUUCCCAGUCUUUGAUACCAGUAAAAUUAUAUCCUGGAAUUUCCCAGGGAGUUUCAGGAGCAUCCAAUCAGGAUAGGUCUCCCCUGCUGCUGCUUUUUAUAACUCUAAGGAAGAUGUGGAUGCCAGUUCAAUGCAAUCUCUCAGCUGGGUUCAUGGUCCACUGCAGCUUCUGAGUGUAGCAUCUUCUUUGUUGCUAAUUUUUUUUAAACCUUUAACUUUGAGAGGGGGAAAUGAUUUGGAAGGAGAGAUGCUGGUAAUGCCUCCUGUUCUGUGUGUCUCUGUGUGUAGCAGAGAGGUGUGAAUGUUGUCAGCACUGUCCCUCUGAAAUCCCCAUCCACAGAUUCCAGCAACCGCCCUUGGGGCUUCUCUCUCUUCAACCCGGGACUGGAGAGAGCCUCCCACUUCACAGACCUGCGACCCCGCUGGAAAGGAGAGGGGUCAAAGGUCGGCUACCUUGGUCAGUAGGAUUACUACUCGUCCAGUGCCCUCCGUUUGUCCUGUGGGUCUCUCAGACCAGCAUCACAAAUGGAUCCAAGCCCAACCGUUCACUCAAAGAAUUAACACAUGGUGCUUCAGUAACUGUAAGCCGUACUCUUAUGUAGCAGAAGGAAGUGUGUUUAAUCUUUGAAUUCAGCUGUGGUCUGCCUUUGGGUUGGAGUCAAGAGAAGAGGUUUGUCAGUAACCCAGACCCUGCUGACUGUCAAACAGGAGAGAAGGUGUUGAUGUGGAGAGAUUCCUUCCUGCACCAGUACACAAUGUAUAAACAAGGAGAGGGGUAUCUACAAACUUCUCUUGGAUCAAUCAGAAACAUUUUAUUAUGGAUUUUAAGUUUUCAGGAGAAGAUCUCUGUCUCACACCCAGGUCACAUACCUCCCUUCAUCUGCCCUUCUCCUUCCACUGACCCAGAUUGUCCCUACUCUGUCCCUCAAACCUGCUCACUCAUUCAUUGAGAUCAUGGCCGAUCAUGCUGCCACCCCUCAGUAUCCCAGAUCAUAGAUUUAAAUGUAUUCAUUCCUUCCAGCUUUACACUUUGUAUAAGACCAUAACACAUAGGAACAGAAUUAAGCCAGUUGCCCAUCAAGUCUGAUGCAACUUUCCAUUUUGGCUGAUUUAUUAUCGUGCGCAACCCCAUUCUCCUGUGCCCUCUGGUCCUAGAUCCAUCCACAAUAGGAAACAUCAUCUCCACCUAUAUUUUAUCUGAGCCUUUCAAUAUCCAGAAGGUUUCAAUGAGAUCCCCUCCCUUAAAUUGGAGGUUUCUGAAUCCCUCUGCUGAUCAAAAUAGUUUCCAUCCAUCCAUCCAGAAGACAUGAUCUCUCUCUGUCUCUGUGCUUCCAAAAUCAUGAAGAUCUCCAUGAUUGAUGUUUCAUGGAAUAGAAACCUAGCUUCUGGAAUCUUGCUGAGGCUGGUAACACUGGCUCAUGGACAGCGGGCUGAAUGCUCACCUGCAUCGGAUUAUCUUGUGGUUGUGGGCUGUGCUGAUGUGGUGUGGUGGGGAGCGCUGCCUUGUACUAGAUUAUAAGCAAGGAUGGAGCUGUACUACAUCUCCCAUUUCAUGAGGGUCUGAACAGUCCCACUGCAAUACAGAGUUGAAUAGCCACCCCAAACCGGAGGAGAAUGUGAUUCCCAUGUGCGCAGCCCCUGCCUUAUGUACAGUUCUGAAACCUUACAAAUGUUUUAUAAAAAUAUAAGGACUGAAAUAAAAUGGCUUCCUUUCCAAA